AUGGCCAAUCCCGUCCUUACGACUUCUCUCGGACGAGACGUCGUGGAGUUCGUUUCACUAGUGUAUACACCGGAGACCGAGGAAGCCGGAUUUGCGAAUAGCAAGGCCUACCACUGUGGCUUACCGGAAAAGCGCCCUUUCUAG